CGUUCUUGCUUUCACCAGAGUACCAGGGUUGAGAGCUGCUCCGACGUUAACAUUAUAUCCACUUGGAAGACCUGCAAAAGAAAUGGCACCUGCCGGAUCAAAGAAGGGCAUCCUGGAGCGCCUGGAUGCAGGUGAGAUUGUGAUCGGAGACGGCGGCUUCGUCUUCGCCCUGGAAAAAAGAGGCUACGUGAAAGCCGGACCCUGGACCCCUGAAGCUGCAGCUGAGCACCCUGAAGCGGUGCGACAGCUGCACCGAGAAUUCCUGAGGGCAGGGUCAAAUGUCAUGCAGACUUUUACCUUCUACGCCAGCGACGACAAGCUUGAGAACAGAGGCAACGCUGUCUGCUUCACUGGGGCACAAGUCAACGAGGCCGCUUGUGACCUGGCAAGGGAGGUCGCCAAUGAGGGCGAUGCCCUGGUGGCAGGAGGAGUCUCCCAGACCCCCUCCUACCUGAGCUGCAAAAGCGAGACUGAAGUGAAGGCCAUCUUCAAGAAGCAAAUGGACGUCUUCGUCAAGAAGAACGUAGAUUUCCUGAUCGCCGAGUACUUCGAGCACGUGGAAGAAGCUGAGUGGGCCGUCCAUGUCCUCAAGGAGACUGGGAAACCUGUCGCUGCCUCUCUGUGCAUUGGACCAAUGGGAGACAUGCACGGGGUCACGCCCGGAGAGUGCGCUAUCCGUCUGGUAAAGGCCGGUGCCGAUAUCGUCGGUGUGAACUGCCACUUUGACCCCAAAACCUGUGUUGAGACUGUAGCAAUGAUGAAGGCAGCAGUGGAAAAGGCUGGUCUUAAAGCUCACUUUAUGGUGCAGCCUCUGGCAUACCACACGCCUGACUGCGGCUGCCAAGGCUUCAUCGACCUGCCCGAGUUCCCAUUCGCUCUCGAGCCCAGAGUUCUGACCCGCUGGGAUAUGCAGCAUUAUGCCCGAGAGGCCUACAAUGCAGGUAUCCGAUUUAUCGGAGGCUGCUGUGGAUUUGAGCCCUACCACAUCCGUGCUGUAGUUGAGGAGCUGGCUCCGGAGCGCGGAAUCCUGCCCGAGGGAUCCCAAAAGCAUGGCCCGUGGGGUAGCGGCCUAGAGAUGCACACUAAGCCAUGGGUUCGUGCCAGAGCCCGUCGUGAUUACUGGGAGAAGCUGAAGCCCGCCUCCGGUCGCCCGCUCUGCCCAUCCAUGUCCACCCCGGACAGCUGGGGCGUCACUAAAGGCCACCCGGACCUGAUGCAGCAGAGGGAGGCCACCACUGAGGAUCAGCUGCGUCCACUGUUCGCCAAGUCCGAAUCCAAGUGCUGAACGAAGGGAAUCUCUAAGAUCCUCCAGAAAACAGAGCGAGAAAAGAGAGAAGAGGAAGGGGAGGAACGAGGUUGAAAACGACAAGAUCUUGCUCUUUCUUGAUUUCUCUUGUUCUGUUUCUCUUUGUUAGUUGAAAUUUUAUCAAAAGCGAAGCGUUCAUAUUGGCAUGUUGUUGUUGUGCCAGGACCAUUUUUCUAUCCAAACAAAUCUCAGUUUUUUUUUUUCCUCCAACAUGUGAAAGUAGUGUUUAGAUGAAGAAGUGUAUUUAUAAUCAUACCUCAGACACCGCUGCAUUUGUGUUUUACUGCACGAUAUCCACACUAACGUCGUGGUCUGUGACCUGUGAGCCGAGUCCACGUGUCCGAUGACACUGAGACAAGCUUCGUGAACACGUUCGAUCGUUCGAAAUUCCAAGUUCGCAGGUGAUCGAGUGACAAUUUCUCCGUUUUUGCAUUUAGUUGCUGGUUCAAUGCUUCAUUAAACACCUCGAUGUCAUAA